CGGCACUGGACGAAGAAACCUCGCGUACUCUCUUCUCGAUCGACGUCGUAUUCACUAGCUCGGCCAAAUGAAGUGUGUGUUACUAUGAAGCCGAAGAAAUUGGGCAUCAUCGGUGGUUUCUUCCUCGUUUUCGGAUUUUGCGUGAUCGCGUUUCCUCCGUUCUUCAAAUCGCAGCUCAAAAAGCGAGUAACUCUGAAACCUAAUUCCACGAUACGAAAAUUCUGGUCACAUUUCCCUUUUCCAUUGGACUUCAAAGUUUAUCUGUUCAACGUGACGAAUCCAGCGGAAAUCAGCGCAGGAAAGAAACCAAUUAUCCAGGAAGUGGGACCAUUUUUCUACGACGAAUAUAUACACAAGAUAAAUUUGGUUGAUCGAGAAGAAGACGACAGUGUGGAGUACAGCACGAGAUCUACUUGGUUUUUCAAUCCGUCGUUAAGUAGCCCAUUAACUGGUGAGGAAGAGCUAGUCAUUCCUCAUCUCUUUAUCGUCAGCAUGGUCAAACUUAUCUUCAAAUACCAACCAAAAGCUGUAGGAGUGCUCAAUAAAACUGUGGACACUAUGUUUCACAAACCCAGUUCCAUCUUCGUAAGGGUGAAAGCAAGAGAGAUUCUCUUCGAUGGUUUACCUAUCGACUGCACAGGGAAAGAUUUAGGUUCGAAAAUAAUUUGCAACGUAUUGAAACAAAGAGAUGACGUUUUCAUACCUGCUGGAUCUGGACAGUAUUUGUUCUCCAUUUUUGGUUUUAGAAAUGGAACCAUUGCUCCUGAUCGUAUACGAGUAUUACGGGGGACAAAGAAUUACAAAGACGUGGGGAAAGUGAUUGAACUGAACGGACAGAAAAAGUUGAAUGUUUGGUCCGGGGAUGAAUGCAAUACGUUCCAUGGCACGGAUUCGACGAUCUUCGCGCCAAUUCUCACAGAAAACGAGGAUCUCGUGACGUUUUUAUCGGAGUCUUGUAGAAGCUUCAUUUUACAUUACUCUCACAAGAACAAAGUCAAAGGCAUCAACACGUUCCACUAUACAGCCGAUUUAGGUGACAUGAGUACAAAUCCUGCGGAAAAGUGUUUCUGUCCUACGCGAAAGACUUGUUUAACGAAAAAUCUUUUUGAUGUGUCCAAGUGCGUAGAUAUUCCAAUUAUUGUUUCUUUGCCGCAUUUUCUUGGAUCAGAUGAAAAAUACUUGAAAAUGGUUGACGGACUUCAUCCAAAUGAUGAAGACCAUGGAAUUCAUAUGGACUUCGAACCAACGACAUGCUUACCUUUAGCCUUGCACAGCAGGACACAAUUCAAUAUGUUUCUUCAAAAGGUGACAAAAUUCCAGUUAAUGAAAAAUUUCCCAAAAUGUUUGUUCCCGUUUUUAUGGUUUGACCAGGGUCUGACGAUCCCCGAUAAGUUUAUGGUAAUAAUAAUAAUCGUGUUCAAGCUAAUAAGCAUAAUCAGGUUUAUGAAGUGGUUUAUAAUAAUAAGCGGCACUUGCAUGAGCGGAGCAGCAGCCAGAAUGUUCUUCAAAGGCAAAGAAAAACGUCCUUUGAAUGUAACGGAGGUAAUACCGCACUCGGAAAAUGAAAAGGAUGAACAGAUAAAAUGGGCUAAUCCGACGAAUAAGAUUAGUACGAUACCGCCUAUUUUCGACGAAUUAAAUUAAUUAAAGACGUCCUUAUCGACUUUCUAUUUUGUCUAACAUGUAUUUGUGUAUUUUGAAU